AUGUCUUCCGCAUUUCGAGAAUCGUCGCUGUCCGCCAGCAUCAACCGCCAGUCGCUCAUGGCGACCCCGUCCGUCGCUGAGACGCUGCCAAACGCCAACUUUGGCUUCGAAGAACUUCGCGAUCGCAUGACCAAGUUCACCUCGAAGUUUGACGCCUUUAUCGAACAGGGUCGCAAGCGCGUAUUGGAGGAGCGAAACGAAUUCCGCAUGAACGUGGCAGAACUACAAGAGGACCAGCGCAUGAAGAAGAAGGACAUUGAAAUCCUCCAACUCAAGACGAGCACCCACCAACAAACCGUAGCCAAAGAAAAGGCCGAGACGCGCGAGAUGCAGGCAGCGAUCGCGCAGCUCUCGGAAGAGCGCGACAAGCACCUGGCGACGCGGGACGCGCUCAAGAAGCAAAUCGAGGAGACGCAAAAAGAGAUUGACGCCCGGCUGGCGGCGCAGCGGGCGCACGCGAAGCAGCUCGAGGCGCAGUCGCGCUUCAACGUGCCCGAGCUCGAGUUCUGGCAGCAGAACCUGGGUUUGCGGAUCGAGGGCGCGGGCAAGGACGACCGGCUCAAGUUUGUGUACACGUACGUCGACGACCAGGACUGGGAGCGGGAGGCGUGGUUCGAGCUCAACACGGCGAGCCGGGACUACGACGUCAGGCACUGCCGGCCCAAGCUGGAGCGGGAGAGGGUGGAGCGGGUGCUGGACCAGCUUAACGAGACGAGGGAGCUGGCGGUGCUGCUCAAGGGGAUGCGCGAGUUGUUCGUGGAGGCGAUGAAGGCUUGA